AGUGUAAGCCUCUAUAUAUUAAUUCAAUCAUCUUCUUCCUUUCUGUGUGUGUGUGUGUGUAUAUAUAUAUAUAUUCAGUUAAUUUCUGUUCUUUGCGAGGAGUGCAAGAGAUGAUGGAUGAGAAUGUAAGGCACUGCUUGCCACUGUACAAAGCUGCACUACAUGGAGAUUGGGAUACUGCAAAGAGAAUUUUUGAUAGUGAUUCAAAUGCUUUAACUGCUAAUAUUUCACCCAUAGAAGAAACUGCUCUCCAUGUCUCAAUUUGCGCCGGUCACUCCAUUGAAUUUGUGGAGAAGCUUGUAGAUAGAAUGCCAGCAGAUGAACUCGGAAUAAAAAAUAAAUUCGGCCAAACUCCUCUUCACGCAGCUGGUGUAGCUGGAAAUACAGAAGCUGCAAAGGUGUUGGUGAAAAAAAAUCCAAGAUUGACUCAAGAAAGGAACUCUGUUAAUGAUACACCGCUUCAUCUUGCUGCCGUACAUGCCCGUAAGGAAACAGUUCAGUAUCUUCUGUCAGUAACUCAGGAUGAGGAUCCAAGUCCUUUCGCUGACAAAGAUGGUGUCAAACUCCUCAAUUUGCUGAUCACUGCAGAUUUUUAUAGCAUCGCGCUUGAUCUAUUGAAGCUCUAUCCUGCAUUGGCACGCAGAAGAGACGGCCAAGGAGUUUCUGCUUUAGACAGAUUGGCCGGAAAGCCUCAGGCAUUCGCAAGUGGAAGUCGGCUUGGAUUUUUCCAACGCUUAUUCUAUCGUUAUUUUGCAUGUACUUCUGCAGACAAAGAAAGCGUCCAUCAAGGAAAAGAUGUGGAAAAUCCAGGCGGGCAUUUUGAAGAAUACCAAAAGGAAUCCAUGCACUUUCAAUUUCUGCAACACAUACAGAAAAAAAAUUUAUUGCAUAAGCAAGCAAUGGAGCUACUCAGACUUUUGAUUUCUGAAGCUAUAGAAGGGAGUGUAUUAGAAGCUGAUAAUCUAUUAGCAUCUCCAACAGGUAUUGCUGCCACAUUGGGCAUUCAAGAAUUCGUCACCGAGGUGAUUAAGUCCUACCCUUAUAUAGUGUGGCUCCGGAAUAGGGAUGGGCAAAAUAUUUUUCUUCUUGCUGUAAAACAUCGCCAAGAAAAAAUAUUCAAUCUCCUGUAUCAAAUGGGUACGCAUAAGCUUUUUACUACAACAUUCAUUGAUAAACAGCGCAACAGCAUGUUGCAUUUAGCAGGGAUGUUGGAACCGUCAAAGAAGAUUUCUGGCGCUGCUUUGCAAAUGCAAAGGGAGCUGCAAUGGUUCAAGGAAGUGGAAAAGGUUGUCCAGCCAUCAUACAAGGAAAUAAAAAAUAAAGAUGGAAAAAUUCCGAGGGAGGUUUUCACUGAGGAACACAAGGAUCUAGUUGGGAAAGGUGAGAAAUGGAUGAAGGAUACAGCUUCAUCAUGCGCAACAGUCGCUGCACUUGUGGUCACAGUUGUGUUUGCAGCAGCUUUCACUGUACCAGGCGGCACCAAUAGCGAACAAGGGAUCCCCAUUUAUUUAAAAGAAACAUCUUUCAUGAUUUUUGCUGUAUCAGAUGCCUUGGGACUUUUUUCUUCCUCAACCUCAUUGCUUAUGUUUCUGGGAAUACUCACAUCACGCUAUUCUGAAGAAGAUUUUCUCAAGGCCUUGCCAAUGAGGUUGAGCAUCGGUCUUAUCACAUUAUUCUUUUCAAUAGCCUCCAUGCUUGUAGCAUUCACAGCAGCCUUUCACUUGGUUUUGUUUCAUAGAGUGAAAUGGAUCACAAUUCCAAUUGGCCUAACAGCUUGUGCACCUGUUACUUUAUUUGCACUACUGCAGUUUCCUCUCUUGGUUGAAAUAGUUUCUUCAACAUUUGGGCCUAGCAUUUUCUACAUACAAAGUGAGGAAAUCAUAUUUUAGCUAUAGAAAAUGUCCUCACUGGCUUCAUAACGUUUCAUGUGAGAUAUGAUCACAUUCUGUGAGAUGUGCAAGAAAUAAACAGUAAUAAAUAAGUUUGUUGUACUCAGAAAAUUUUCUUAUAUUUUGGUUUAGUGUUGGAGUUUGUUAGAAUUAUUUAUAUUUUUACCUAAUCUUUGUAAUUGUAUUCCUCUGUUUUAUUACUGAAAUUUGUGUUUUCUCUUCA